ACCAUCGGCGCUUGCCGUAGUUUUUAAAAAACAUGAUGGCAGCCUCAACUGGUAGCAAAAAGGGAAACGAACUAUCCAAAGCGGAAUACUUAAAACGUUAUUUAUCCGCCGGUGAAGGUGAUAAGAAGUCAAAGGGGAAGCUUAAAAAGAAACGUCUUAAGGCUCCUGAAAAAGGUUUGAAAAUAGUGGACGAUGACAUCGACUGGAAGCAGUUGGUCAAACAGGAGGAAGAAGUGGAAGAGGACGAGGAGGAGGCUCCAGUGAUUGCAGAGGUGAUCGACGAGAGACCAGACGAAAUUAAACAACUGGAAAACUUCAGAACAAGCAAUAGAUGGAAAAUAAUUGGAGCUGAGGAAAAUGAGGACACAGAAGAGUUGAUAGAAGGAGGGCCACAGCAUUCAGAGGCUGAGCCAUCGAGCAGGAGUCGCCAUGAUUCGCCAGAGAUUUCACCGAGGAGAGGUGGCCAUGAUUCUCCCAUCAGAAAGACUAGACAUGACUCUCCAGACAUAUCUCCUCCAAGAAGAGGCCGCCAUGACUCCCCUGACCUGUCACCUCAGAGGCAACAGUCAGGAAAAUCUGGGAAGGUACAAAGUAAAGAUUUGUCACCAUCCAGAAAGAAACGUUCUCCUGAUCCUCGGCGGCCAAAGCUUUCAAAGAAGGCUACGAAAAGGCAUGAUUCAGACUCGGACCAGUCACCCCCACGGAAAAGGCCUCUAAAGGGACAAGCCUCAGACUCUGACCAGUCUCCUCCAAGGAGGCGCACAAAAACAAGAGCGGGCUCUGAUUCUGACCAGUCGCCACCCAGAAGGCGGCCACAGAGUGCAAAGGACUCGGAUGGCGAUCUGUCACCACCUCGUCAGCCUGUCCAGUCACAUGGUCCAAGGAUGCUUUCCGGUGGAAAAUCCGGUCUAGUUUCAGUAGAUGUUUUAAGGAAAGAGCAGGAGGAGAACCGACGCAGAGAAAGACACAACCAGCCACUCGAAGAUGAAUCUCGCAAUGCUCAGACGGUGUUCCGAGACAAGAGCGGUAAGAGGAGGGAUUUAGAUACGGAGAGGGAAGAACAGAAAAAGAAGGCUGGAGAGAAAGCAGCAAAGGAUGAGAAAUACGCUCAGUGGGGAAAAGGGUUGGCACAGGGCCAGAUGCAACAGCAGAAACUCGAGGAUGCAGUGCACGAAGCUCACAAGCCGCUGGCACGUCACUGCGAUGACGAGGAUCUUGACCGCAUGUUGAGAGAGCAGGAAAGAGAGGGAGAUCCCAUGGCUGCCAUGCUCAGACGAAAAAAAGUCCGCAAUUCAAGAACACAAGAUAAACCACGUUAUAAGGGUCCACCACCCCCUCCAAAUCGCUUCAAUAUUUCACCAGGCUAUCGCUGGGAUGGAGUUGACAGGUCAAAUGGUUUUGAACAGAAACGCUACACGCGUAUAGCAGAUAAGAAGGCCGUCCAGGAUGCCGCCUAUAAAUGGAGCGUGGAGGACAUGUAAUGGCAAACAGAAACCUGUAGAUAAAUGGUGGAGCUGAAGACAGAAGCUGAAAAAGAGUAUAAAUUACAUGUUGUUGUCUGCUCAGCAGAAAUGACUCUUUGAACUAGGAGCAGGAUUUUGUAAAGCAGUUUGACACUGUAAAUGGACAUAAGAUUAUAAAGAACUGAUAAACUACAUUACUGUACAUAGAAGUGAAGUGAUAUCUAUUGACAUUUUAUGUGACAGUGUCCAGAUAUUUGGAAGAAAAAAAGCUGAUUCAAUCUUGAGCCAGAAUGAUGUUUUUCACUAUUUUAUUAAAAAAUAAUUUUUCUGUA